AGGCUGCGCCGUAGGGCUGGCGCGCCUUUCCGGCUCAGCACGCGGCGCCAAGGGAGAACCCUGGGGGCGCUGUGCUGCAGCCUCUUGGUCCCCGUUACCUGUUCAAGCCCUGCGUUCAGGGGUGCGUCCCUUGCCGCCCCGGUACCCUUACGUCUCUCAGCCCCCGACUUUUGCUCUGAGAGGCCCUGACCGGGCGCCGAGAGGGUGGCGGUGUCGUGUGCUACCGCCCCUCUCCCCCGAAGGCAGCGUCCAGUGCUAAAGAAAGUGAGCUGUUAUAGAGGCGGUGCAAACCCUGAGCAUCAAGAGCGGCACCUCCAAGCUCCUUCCCUGGGAACUACACUCAGCAUCCCAGCAUUAAGCCGCCAUAGCUUUGAGCAUCUGUGCUUUAUCUUGAUUUAUUUUGUUAACAAGAUGUGUCCUAAGGUACUGAUGAGGAUGAAUGUGAUUUGGAGAAAUUAUUUUUCUCGUCUAAGGAUAAGAAAGGUGCCUCACAGAUACCGAAGUAGUUAUCACCCAGUGGCCCCUCUGGGAUCAAGGAUUUUAACUGAUCCAGCCAAAGUUUUUGAACACAACAUGUGGGAUCACAUGCAGUGGUCAAAAGAAGAAGAAGAAGCAGCCAGAAAAAAAGUAGAAGAAAACUCAGCUGUGCGAGUCCUUCUGGAAGAGCAAGUGAAGUAUGAGAGUGAAGCUAGUAAAUAUUGGGACACAUUUUAUAAGAUACAUAAGGAUAAGUUUUUCAAAGAUCGUAAUUGGCUGUUGAGGGAAUUUCCUGAAAUUCUUCCAGUUGGUCAAAAAACUGAAGAGAAGGUAAAAGAAUUAUCAUGGAAUCAUGUAAAAGUUCAUGCUGCAAACUGUUUCUCAAGAAUGCACUGCCCUACUAUGCCUGAAGAAAAAAAUCAUGAUAGAGAAAGUUCUGGCUCAUCAGAUGGUCAAAACAAAGCAGGAUCUGAUUUUUCCAACCUAGACUCCAAAGAACACAGAAAAGGACCUCUGAAGACUGAAUUGUUUCCUGGUAGCAACGCCACUUUCAGAAUCCUAGAGGUUGGCUGUGGUGCUGGGAAUAGUGUUUUUCCAAUUCUGAACACUUUGCAGAAUGCUCCAGAGUUCUUUCUUUAUUGUUGUGAUUUUGCUUCUGGAGCUGUGGAGCUGGUAAAGUCGCACGCGUCAUACAGAGCAGCCCAGUGCUGUGCCUUUGUUCAUGACGUGUGUGACGAUGGCCUACCCUACCCUUUUCCAGAUGAGAUCCUGGAUGUCAUUCUCCUCGUCUUUGUGCUCUCUUCCAUUCAUCCUGACAGGAUGCAAGGCGUUGUAAACCGACUGUCCAAGUUACUGAAACCUGGGGGAAUGCUGUUAUUUCGGGACUAUGGAAGAUACGAUAAGACUCAGCUUCGUUUUAAAAGGGGGCAUUGUUUAUCUGAAAACUUUUAUGUUCGAGGCGAUGGUACCAGAGCAUAUUUCUUUACAAAAGGGGAAGUCCACGAUAUGUUCUGCAAGGCUGGGUUAAAUGAGAAGCAAAAUCUGGUCGAUCGUCGCUUACAAGUUAAUAGGAAAAAAAAAGUGAAAAUGCACCGAGUUUGGGUUCAAGGAAAAUUCCAGAAACCAUUACCCUUCACUCAAAAAAGCUCCAAAUUGUCCUUAGAGUGUCUCAACAGCUCUCUUCUAUCAAAUGGCGUCCAGGACUUUCCACCCAACCCAUGCUCCUGUCCCAGCGCCCAAAGCUGGUGCUGCUUCCUGCUGCUGCCGAGGGCUCAGAUCACCCUGCUCUGGAGAGCCCUUGCUCAUCUGAGUGAGCUAUUUGUUUUGUUGUCAUCUGAACCACAUGACUGUGGAGAGACACAGCUCAGCAGCCAUAGCUGUAGCUCAGCCUCUCUAUAGCUGACAGGAAAGAUAUGUGAAAUAAGACACACAGAGAUGGCAAUAAAAUCAAGGAGGCUGCAAGAUGAGUCACUCCCCGGACUCAUUUGUAAGGCUCUUCACUACAAGACUCAGACUCCGUUUGCGUUUUCAAAUAGAGUACCUCGCCUAAUAAAAAUAUGAUGCUUAGCAACAGAAAUGGAUUACAACUAUAUUUAGCCAAACGAAAGCUGUAUAAAAAUAUACUGGACAGUAUGAUUGACACAACUGGCAAUUCCUCUUGUCCUUUACUGACAGUAUCACCUGGUUUAUAUGCUGACGUGGAAGAGCCUCCUCAGUCUGAGGUGAUUUGAUUUGUCAGGGGAACAAUAGGAAGGCAGAGGCUUAGACGAGAAGGCUUCUCUUUCUGCCACCUCCUAUGUUACAGGUUUGGAAUUUAUAGAAUUCCUGCCUACCUUAGGUACUCUCUCUACCUUUGAAUACUGGAUCUUCAAUUUUACUUUUGAAAUUAUAGUAAUUCAGUAAUUGGAAAAGAAAGCAAGUGAGUGUUAUUGGGGGACCUGGAAGAAGGUACCUAAGAAUGAGAGAAAAAGUGGACUCUCCAAACUUCAACAGUGACAGGUUGUGUUGAUUGUAGGAUGCAGUGAGAAUGGGACUUGACCUCUGUGGUUUUCCUCCCCAAAACCCAUAACCCCAGUGUAAACAUGAGAAAAACAUUGGGCGAAUCUCAUUUGAGGAACGUUCUACAAAAUGCCUGACGAGUCCUCCUCAGAAGGUCUUUAAAACUAGGAAAGACUGAGAAACUGUCAGAGCCAAGAAGAGCCUAAGGAGACAUAACAACUAAAUAUAAUGUGGUGUCCUGGAUGGGAUCCUGGAACAGAAAAAGGACAUUAGAGGAAAACUGAGGAAAGCAGAAUAAACUAUGGACUUUGGUUUGUAACAAUAUAUCAAUUUUGAUUUAUUGAUUGUAACAAAUGUACUAUACUAAUGUAGGAUGCUAACAAUAGGGGAAAUUGGGUGUGGGGUAUAUGGGAACUCUGUACUAUCAUCACAAUA